ACCUUAACCCACAACUCCAUCCUUGUAACCAACUUGAUUCACCUGUUCCUCGCCAUGAAGUUUUCUACCAUCUUUUUCACCAGCGCUCUAAUUGCCGCUGGAACGAGUGCACUACCCACUUCGCGCUUUGUUGAACGUGAACCUGCUCGUCAAUUUGGAGGAUCGAGGCCGCCUCCAGGCUCUCCCCAUUUGGCUCAUUAUGACAAUGGUCCGGGAAACAGCGGUGACUCUCCAACCGAACCCGAAUCCUAUAGUCAACCCUCCACCACAACCCUAUCCGCCAUUCGCACCAGUACAUCCACGACGACGAAUACAUACCAGACUCAGGAGUCAUCGGUUCUCCCUCUUCCUGUACCUAUUCUCACCCAGGAAUACUCGUCUAUAGUCGUUCCAUCAUCUACUGGAAGUGACGAAGCUCCAUCGUCGUAAGGGAAGAAUAGCCGGCUCAAGUUGGUUGCAGUCGAUAUGUUUUCAGAAUUUACGCGUGAUUCGUGCAUCAAUGGUAAUCAAACUAUGAUAGUUGAACCACAUUCACAAUCUCGAUAUCAUCGAGGUAACACACCAUUCAAAACAUAUCGUACACUCGUCUGGUGCCCCGUCUCGAACGAUUCGUUAAAUCUUUAGCAUACCAUGCAAAAUGCACAAGCGCAAUAUAUGCGCACCUGCAUGAUAAUUUUAAUCAAUAACAGCUGUCUUGCGCCUGACACUACAUAGCACCUGCAGCUUGAUUCCGAGCAGAAUAGCAGAGUCCAUAGGGAGUGAUGCUCAAUGCUGUUUAUGAACCUUUGACGCUGAGCGGAGAAUGAAUAAGCGUCGAAUCCAGGAUUCGUCCUGAAAAUUAACUUGGAAAAUCAACCUGUGUUCGGU